CCGACCAGCAGAGAAGCCUAUAUGCAUUUGCAUUUCCAGUGUAGAGCAGCUGGUGGCAGCCAAGCCUCCUUUCAGUCCUCUGCUGUGGGAGUUCAUGAGGAAUGUUUAUCCAGGAGGCAUCAGCUGCAUCGUCAGCAAAGGAGACUGGCUUUUUAAACUAGGAGUAGGAGCAGCUUAUGACCGUGUUGGUACCAGGGACAGCAUCAUGAUCCGUGUCCCUGAUCAUACGGUGACCUGCCACUUAUGUGACAUGACUGGACCACUUGCUAUCACAUCAGCCAAUCCCAGUGGAGAACCAGACAGCACCCACCACAGCAUGGUCAUCAAUCGACUGGGACACAAGAUCCAAGGGGUUCUCUGUGAUGGAGACUCCAAUGAAGUUGUUGCCUCAACUGUAGUCAACUGUCUGAGAAUUGAUGAAGGUAUCAUCAGCAUUGUAAGAGAAGGCUGUGUCCCUGCGGUUAAAGUCCAGCAGAUCUUUGAUAGGCUGAAAAACACAAUGUUGUGAGAUUCAUAAAGAACCUCAUCAUGAUUUCCUGUAAAGGUCAACAUGUUUGUAAAAACAUCGUUGUCUCUGCAAAAACUAAGUCAUGUGAUAUUUAUUCAUUCAAAUGUUGUAUCCACUCUAAGUUAAAGAAUUUUAGCUUAGAUAAAGUUAUGUGAUCCUAAAACUGCAAAAACUGGAUUUUUGUUUGAGAUUACAUAUUUGUAUGAGAAAAAAAAACUGUAAAUGUGUAGAUAUUUAGCAAUGUAUUUGAAAUGUCCUCUUUGCACACAUUGUUACUGUUUAACU